CUGUUUUUUUAACCAAUCCGUCUUCGUCCGGGUAUUUAGGUUUUCCUCCGCCGAGAGCGAAGCCACUGCUCCUCUGAAACCAACUCCACACUUCUCAAAGGCUGAGCCUUUACGCUUCUGCAAGCGAGAAGCUGGGAGGCAAAGCCUUUGGUUUGACCCCCCUUUUCUUCCAAGUUUCUUUUUUUAAACGAAAUAUACCCAGUUUAUUGUUCCCCCCUGUUCCUGGGAAGAAAUUGGCGUUUUUUAGGUGUUUGAUUGAGGGGUUUUGAUGGUGGUUUGAUAUAUUUGCGGGCGAUGACUUAUGGGGUACAAUCCGAGGAUGAUAUCGUGGUUUUGGGACAGAAGAUGGGAAUUGGGGACGGGAGUGGGGAUUAUGUGAAAUUGGGUGAUUUGGAGGCAGGGAGGUUUGUAGGGGUACCGGGGCAAUGUCAUCCGAAGAAAUGGAAUUCUCUCUGGUGGUGGAUGAAGGUGGUUUUGUUGUCCCUUGGCUUGCUGGCAGGCACUGCGGCUGUCAUUCUCUGCGUUGGCCCCGUUAUCAUCAAAAAGGUGGUUGUACCAAUUUUGGACUGGGAAAUGACCACUUUUAGCAGACCAGUUCUCGGACUGUUACUUUUUACUGCUAUUGCAUUAUUUCCUGCUCUAUUGGUGCCCUCUUCUCCUUGUAUGUGGAUAGCUGGGAUGACAUUUGGCUAUGGUUACGGCUAUCUGUUAAUUAUGGCAGGGACAAGCAUAGGCAUGUCAUUGCCAUUUUUAAUUGGUUCUCAUUUUCGUCAUAGAAUACAUAGGUGGUUGGAAAAUUGGCCCAAGAAAGCAGCUAUAGUAAGAAUAGCUGGUGAAGGAGAUUGGUUUCAUCAAUUUAGGGCUGUAACUCUAUUGAGGAUUUCUCCAUUUCCAUAUCUCAUUUUUAAUUAUUCAUCUGUGGCAACAAAUGUCAAGUAUGGUCCAUACAUAUGUGGUUCACUCAUAGGAACAGUGCCUGAGAAUUUCCUAACGAUUUACAGUGGGAAACUGCUCCAGGCCUUGGCAGACGCUACCAAUAGAGGUGGCUUCCUUUCAGUGGAGCAGAUCAUUUAUGAUGCUCUCGGCUUCUUUGCUGCGAUAGCUGCCACUGCAGCCAUCACGGUCUAUGCCAAGAGAACUCUUCAAACACUCCAAGCUGAGGAGGAGCUCAGUUAGCUCCAGGCAAUUCAUCAACCUAGGCAUGGACCACAGUAGUUGAUGUUUGCAGCUGUGUAUUCAUGGAGCGCUCUCUUCUGUUUUCUUCUUUGCUGCUAUACACCCACAGACAUUCUGCUUUGCGAACAAUUUACUUGUACACUAUACCUUGGGGCCAGUGUUAUAAGGAAGGGGAGUUGAUGUUGCUUUAUAAAGCUUUGCAAUUAGUAGCAGAUGCUGGAAAGAAACUGUGACUGUAUGUACUUAUUGUUUUUUUCAGACAGGGAAGAAAAUUUGUUAAGUUAUACUUUCUUUCUUCUUUUUUUUUCUUCUUUUUGCCUAGUUUGAAACAAAAAGUUAUGAAUGCUAUCUAUCUAACCAUUGCUUGUAAAUGCCAUCUUCCAAGUU